AUGCCCGCCGUGCUCCAAGUUCGCUUGUUCAACGAAGUGGGAGAUGCCGAUGGCCUCUUUUGUUGUCUCAAGAACAACUUGUUGCAGAUGCCUGGAACGUGGAGUGGCAGCAAGCCGAGUGACUCUCUUAGACGCUUGAUUAUCAUCCCUCAUUGGGUCCAGCUAUCCUAA